UUAGCGUCAUUGACAUACCCCCUUCACUAUACAUAUCUAUAUAUAUAUAUAUCAAUCAUCGGCCUCUCGUAGUUGCCAUCUCGAGCAACAAUCUCCUCUCAGCAAUUCCCUGUCUCUCUCUCUCUUCAAGACCCAGAAACUUGCAUCCAUCGAAAGAGAGUCUUUUUGUUAAUUUCUCAAGAAAAUUGGAUAUGGAGUACCGUCCGUUGGAUAUCACUGUGAUGUCGGCCGACGACUUGAAGGCCGUUAAUCUGAUCUCCAAGAUGAAGGCCUACGUCGAGGUUUCCCUGGGCGGCGACCCGAGAACCAAGCGUCGGACGCGCGUCGACGACGCCGGCGGCAACAACCCCCGCUGGAACGACCGCAUCAGUUUCCCCAUCGAAGCCGCAGCCCUCAACAAUCUCUAUCUCGUCUUCGACAUCAAGUCCAAACGCGCCCUCGGCGAUAGAGAUGUCGGCCGGGUGACCGUCCCCCUCAAAGAACUAUUCGACGCCGCCGACGCCCAGCGCACGGUGGAGUACCAGGUCCGUCGGCCCUCCGGCAAGCCCAGGGGGACUCUCCGAGUCUCCUACAAGUUCGGGGACAAGAUCGCGGCGCCGACGAGGACUGCCGGCGAACCGGUGACGGCGUACCCGGCCCAUGUCGGUGCCAGCACCGCCUACCCGCCACCGUCGGGGGUUGGGAUGGCGGUGCCGUACGCCCACCCGGCGGGGCACGGGUACCCACCGCAGCCGGCAUAUGGGUAUCCUCCACCACCGCCGUAUGGGUACGCGCCGCCCGUGGUGCAGGCGCAGCCGCCGCCGAGGAAGAAGCGGGGGAACUUUGGCUUGGGGCUUGGAGCGGGGCUGCUGGGAGGGCUGUUGGUGGGUGACAUGAUUUCCGAUGCCGGUGAUAUGGGGGGGUAUGACUAUGACGCCGGCUUUGGUGACGCCGGUUUUGAUUUCUAGAUUCUUUUACUAAACCUUUUCGGUUGGCUUUGUUUCGAAGAGUAGGUUUUGUUCUGAUUACGUUAGCGUUGUGGAAAAAGGAGUGAAGAUUUUGAUUUGGCUCAGUUUUUAAGGGGCUGUGUGUUGGCACAGUUCCUACUUUCUGUACAUUUUGUGUGUGUUGUGUUCUCUUCUAUUAAUUCUUGGAGACAGCUUCGUCAAAAACUUAUAAUAUCCAUAUAAUACCACCACCCGACUCUUAAUCUUA